AUGUUGUACACCGUGGUUCUGCUUGUUUUGUUGUUUAAAUCGCCUAUUUUAGUUUUAUCAUUACAGUGUUACUUUUGUGAAGGUGGUUUUACACUUAAUUAUACUGUGACAAGUGAUACAGUUCCAUCGUUUUCUAAAUGUCAAUUGGUCAAUGGUGGAAUAUGUUGGAUUACUGUUAUUUGGAAUCAAAAUGACGGCAAUUCUAAUAUUUUAGUAGAUAGCAUAAAUACUCGAUUUGCCAACUAUGCUUCAGAACGUAUCAUCAUGACUUCUGCUGACAUGAAAGUUGUACAUCAACACGAAUCUUCACAGGUAAAUCAUUCAUUUGGUUAUGUUUGUAUGUCGGAUAAAUGCAAUGAUGAAAUGAGUUUAAAACGAAUUCUUCGUUCACUAGUUAUCGAAGAAAAAUUUUCUCAAGAAUUAACACCAUUACUUGAAAUUGUUUCUCCAUUUGAUGCACAUUCUGCUGCAUGCUAUGAUUUUAAUAAUUCUACACUUGAUUGUCCUUCAACAGAUCUUGACACUUGUCAACGAUGUCAAAUUUCUGUCGAUAAAGAAACUUCGUCCAGUCAACAAAUCUGUGCAACAUGUCCUUACUAUUCUGAAGAUGUUAAUUCAGUAUCACGUCAAGUAAUGUUUUUACUGGACAGUCGAAUACAAUCGCAAAAUAUUGCCAAAAUCAAUUGUCAACUUAAGGCAUGUAAUUCAAUUGAUAAUGUUAACCGAGUUUAUAAUACAAGCAAAAUUACAUUUGAUUUUGGCAAGUUUUUCAAAAAUUUAUCGAACAAUACUCUGUAG